CAAAAACGCCAACCGGCUGGCCACAUUGUGACAGUUGCCGAACUAAUUUUUCUGCUUUUUUGCACCAGAGGCAGAGGUGGUGGUUUCUCCCGGAAUUUAAUUUCUUAAAAACCCGGUGUGCAGGUUUGGACGAAAGUGGGUUGUUUCAGUAAUGCCUCCGGUCCGUUGGGAGCGUGGAAGACAUUACAGCGGAACCACAAGAAAUGAAUACGAAAAGUUGAUUUCACAGCUAAAUGAAGAAAUCUCACACCUAUCAAAUCAGAACAGAUCAUUGUCCGAAAACCUCCUGCGGACCAAGGAGACGAUUGCCGUGGAGCGCAGCAAUGAACGCGACCUGGAAAAACACAGUCAGUCCUUGAUGCAUGAGCUAUGUCAAUUGCGUAAAGCAAAUGAGAAUAUGAAGGCGGAUUUUCAUGCGCAGUUGGAAUCGACGAAUCGGGAGCGGGCUCGUUUGCAGUCUCAACUAAAUGAACUGCUCAGCAGAAAGCAGGAGACUGAAGCGAAGGCGGAAAGAGCCCAAAAGGAGAAGAACCGAUUGGAAAAUUGCGUCACCGAGUCUCAAAGGAAACAACGAAUGAAUGAACUAGGGAACCGUGACAUGCGUUCCCUUAUUCUUCGUUUGGAAGAAGACAAAAAAAGACUAACGCAGAGAAUUGAAAAGUUGACUGCGAACGAGAAGACGCUGGUUCUGGAACUGGAACGCAUAAAGCGACACGACGGAACUGGUCUUGGGAGUACAAAAGCAAAGUCCGCAGCUCGUUUGGAGGAGCAUCUCAGUGGUGUUGAAGCUGAUCGGGAUUAUUGGCGUAGCCAGGUGGAGCUAUUGCAACAGAUGUUGGCGAAUCCGGCACUCAAUCAGCGAAAUGGAAUGGUCACUCGGAGUGCCGGUAGCCGCUUGAGGGCUAAACCACCGCUAACGGGUCAAGGGACGAUAAAACCGAUCAGCAAAUCUAGAGACGGGAUCCAAAGUAAACAAAGCGAAGAUUUGAAUCAACUGACAAAGCUCCGCCAAGAAAAAGAGGACAUGAAGAUGAUGUUGAACAAAUUAGAGCAACGUGUACAGGAAAUACAGAAAAAUGUUCAUUCUUUGACGGUGGAACGUGAUCAGCUGAAUAAAUUGUACAAAGAGGCCAGAGCCGAAGUACAUCGUCUACAUCAAGAUUUGUAUGCCAUCCGCGAAAACGGGGAUCGAGCCAAUUAUAACAGUCAGUCGGCGCUACGUCGUGCAGAAACCGAGCGAGACAGGGUUCUUGUUGACUUGUCUCGUGUCACCGCGGAGCGGGAUGGCUUGGUGACAAAGUAUAAGAACACCAGUGAGAACGCAGUGGCCGAUAAACAGCGGCUCACCAAGCAGAUGGAUCAAUUGGAGAAAAAUUUGGAACAAAUUUGCACCGAGCGAGAUGAGCUGACCAGACGUUUAGGUGAAUUGCGGCAGCAUCUGAAGGAGCAACACGACCGUCAAAAGCAGUUGGAAGGCGGUAUGAUAGAACGACAGGAAUUGUACAAACAAGAAAAAGCAACGAACGAUAAAUUGCAGGAUCGGUUGGAUGCGGUUAUUUGCGAAAAGGAGACGGCCGAACGCAAGGGACAGUGGUAUGAGCAUCAGUUCAAGGAAGCACAAAGUUCACUCUCUCAAACUGAACAACAAUUGUCCAAAGAGAGAGAACGAAACAACUGGCUGUCGGAGAUGCACGAAAAAUUGACGGAGGACACGAAAACGCUGAGAGCCGAUCUCGAGGUGGUCAAGAAAGACAAAGCACAUCUGGAGUUGUGUAUGGAAGACCUGACGGUGAAUCAUCGACAGGCAGUUCGAGAACGCGAUGAACUCGUGCAAUGCUCCGCGUCUAUGCGUGAACACAUACGAAAUUUGGAGUCCAAUUUAAAGGAGGCCGAAAGCGAACAGAAACGUAUCAAUGAGACGGUUAAACUAGAGAAGUCAGCCAACGACAAAUUACAAGAACGAUUGGACGCGGUGACCAGAGACAAAGAGUCGGCCGAGCGCCGAGGGAAUUGGUAUGAGGGGCAAUUCCGCGCAUCACAAGACACAUUGUCUCACAUGGAACAGGAGUUAUCCGCAGAGAAAGAGCGAUCCAAAUGGCUAUUGGAUAGACAAGAAAAAUCUGCAGAGGAAGCGAACUCGCUUAGGGCCACUGUUGAUCUGGCCAACAAGGAUAAGGCACAUUUGGAAGCAUGCAUUGAAGAUCUGACAGCCAGCCAUCGGCAAGUGGUUCGUGAGCGUGACGAACUCGUACAACGCUCGUCCGCAUUGCGUGAACACAUGAUGGACUUGGAGUCGACUCUGAAAGACGUUGAGAGUGAACUGAAACGAACCAAUGAAAUGAUUAGGGCCGAACGAAACAACAAUAGCGAUCUGCAACAACAACUUGACCAGAGUCGAAGAAGAGGCGAGUUGGUUGAAAAGGAUUUGGCAAACAUGAACGCGAAAUUCCGAGAAUGUGAAGACCAACUGCACGCCUCAGGAACCCGAGUGUCGCAGCUGGAGCGUGAGCUGCGGGCAGAACGAGAUGAUUAUGCUCAGCUACGAGCACGGAUGGAAGCGCUGGACGAUGAGAAACAAGGACUGGAAUCAGCUCUGAGGGAGACAACACAACGCUUGUCGCAUUCAGAAGUUGACCUAUCUAGCCGCACGCGAGAACUAAACGAGCUACGUACGUCCAACGAAGAAUCUACACGAGCUUUCAACCGAGCCCAAGACACACUGUCCCUGAAGACAUCCGAAUUGGCAAACACUCGAACUGAACUAAAUGCAGUGCAAUCCAAUUUGAUUGAGGUAAGACGAUUAUUGGAAGCGGAAGAGAAGGAGAAUACACGGAUUCGGGAGGAGUUCACACAACUUUCACGAGAGUUUCAAACUCUGCAGACAAACUUCCAGGACGCCCAGGAUGAGCAAGAGGAAUUGAAACAGCGGGCAAAGGGAUAUCUGAGCGAGAUUUCUCGACUGGAACGAGUGGUCAGCGAACGAGACGGGGAAUGCGUACAACUGAUGGAUCAACUCCGCGCGGCCAACGCGGACUGCGAGUCCUGGCGGUCUCGGUGGGAGUCUUCAGAAAAGAAACUGACCACAGUCCGCAUUGAAGCCGAGGACCGUGAAUCCGAGUUGGUCUCUGAGCGCGAAAGAGCUGAUGCCCGAGAAAGGGAGGUGGCUCAUCUUAAGACGAGUCUAAACACUGCAGAACUACAAAGUAGCGCAAUGUCGCGAACAGCUGCUGAAACAACGGAACAACUUCAAAUGACGCGAGCCGAGUUGGAGAUCCUGAGCUCAGAGAUAACCAGAUUGCGUGAGAUCUCCACUCGCCUUGAAAGUGAAAAAGCAAGCGCACAACGUGAAACGAACGCGCAGAGGACAGAAAUAGAACAGCUGCGCUCACAAUUGGAUGAUUUUGAGUUGGAAUUGGAGCAGUUGCGAGAGCAGUUAGAUCAAGAGCGAUCAAUGAACAAUAACCUACAAUCGGCAAUGCAGUCUACUCGACAAAAAGAACAAAAUGCCAUCCUGGAACUUCAAGAGAAGCUGGUGGAGGUGAACGCACUGAAAGAGCGACUGAACGCCGUGGAGGAACGGGCUGAUGCUUCAUACCGGGAGUCCGAACGCCUGAGAGAACGCCUGGCUGAAGCAGAAAGGGAAGCCAAUAGGCUCUCGAGGAGUUUAUCUGCUGAGAAGUUUGAAAAGGAGCGUGCCUUGACCGAACUUCGAUUAAAUACCGGAUACCGCCCCUCCGGAUAUUCCAGUUACGGAACAGGAUUAUACCCAAGUUCAACGCUGCUCCGGGAACGCCAACCGUACAGUGAACGUGAAAAAGACUAUUAG